AUGACACUGCCAAUGGUUACAUGCCCUCUUUGUUGCCAACCAGGAUUUAAUUCAUCAGAUUCAUUGUGUUCAGCUUUGAUCAAUGUAACAACUCGAAAACUUUGUUGUCCUAUUUGUAAUUAUGUUGUUGUUGGUCUGGACAAAUUCACUAUACAUCUAUUCUCUCAUUCCCUCAAUAAAUAUGGAAUGGAACACAUAAGAGAUUCAGUAUUGCUUUGCCAGUCCAAUAAUGCUAAUUUAGUUUCAUCUAGAAGUAUACCAUGUAAUAAUAAUUCUUUUGAAGCAGAACCUUUAAACUCGCCUAAUUUGAGUAACAGUUUAAUUAAACUUCAACACAAUGCUAAUCAAGAUUCUGAUUUAAAUUCAGUGGACAAACGAGAAUGGAAAAUGGAGAUGAAUAACCAAAAUUCAUUACAAAAAUCUUUGAACAUUCCUGAUACAUCUCUGAUAUGUUUUCGUUCUGAUAGUGGUCAGUUAUUUACUAUUUCCACUGAGGGAAUGGGUACAACAUUGAAGAAUGUUACCAUUAAUACUCAAAAUUAUAUUACGAAUACUAAUAUUACUACUUCUACUGUUCAGACAAGUAUGACAGAGAAAGUUCAAAAGAGGAAAUACAGUCAAGUAUUUGAAAAAGAUCAAAUUGAGACUGGUAAUGUUUUUGAUCAAAAGAGUCCAGAUGUCGAAUCAAUAAAUUCCUGGCCUUCGACUCCUAGUGUUUUAUCAGAAUCUGAGAAGCAAACAGGCUGUAACUUUCCCGAAAGAGAAUUUGAAUCUUGCAAAGAUUUAUUAACCAAAGGAGAUUUCUCUACCUUGUGUGAUGAUGUUAAUGAAACUGAUAUGAAAAAAGACAGUCACUCUCCAAACAAAAUUGAUCCUGAAGAAAACCAUGAAUCUCUUGCGAAAAAAAAUGAUUUAAUUAAGAAAGAUUGUUUAAAUUGUGAAUUGUGUCCUUACACCUUCCCUAACAAAACUAUACUUGCAAUGCACAAGCAGUUAAUUCACAAGAAAGUUGAUUCUGAUGUCGAAAAUAAACAAAAAUUGCUUCUUUGUAAUUUAUGUCCACGUACUUUCAAUUUAAGAAGCAGUUUGAUGAUACAUCGAAGAGUGGCACAUGCUGGAGGAUUUGGAAAUUCUGAAAGUGAUAAUUCAAAGCAACCCCAUACCAAACCUGCAUGUAAUAUUUGUGGAAAGUUUUUUAAAAAGGAAAUACAUUUGUCACAGCAUAUGAAAGCUCAUGAUGAAAAACAAUGGCAGUGUACAAUUUGUUCGAAGACUUUCACAACCAAGUAUUUUCUUAAGAAGCAUCGGAGAUUGCAUACAGGAGAAACACCAUACAAAUGCAAUACUUGCAGUAAAUCUUUUACAUUUCAACAGUCUUAUCAUAAGCAUUUGUUGUAUCAUAAUGAUGAAAAACCUUAUUGCUGUGCUCAGUGUGGACGUCUGUUUAAGGAAUUAUCCACACUUCAUAACCAUGAAAGGAUCCAUAGUGGAGAGAAGCCAUUUUCUUGUGAAACUUGUGGUAAAGCAUUCAGACAAAGGGUUUCUUAUCUUGUUCAUAGGAGGAUACAUACCGGUGCAAUGCCAUACCAAUGCACUGCUUGUAAUAAAAGAUUUCGUUAUAAAAUUAGCCAGAGAACCCAUAAGUGUUCUGCUAAUCCUCCUGGUGUAGUAGUCAGAACCAAUGGUUACUUAGUGGAAAGGCUACAAGCUGCUAUGAUUAAGGCAUCUGUGGAAGUAGAGAAAAAACCAAGGCAAAAUGAAAUAGACGAAAAGCUCCCUUCUCACUCAAAGGUUUCUUCAGAAUCAACUUCAUUCAAAUCUGACAUUUCACCUAGUCCACAAAACAAUCGUAUUGCUUCUUCAGGUUUAGAAAAUAAUAAAACUGAAUGUCACUUUUCCAAAACUGCUGAUCUUGAAAAAAAUUGCUCUGAAAAGCCACAGAUUUAUCUAUUAGUUAAAGGUCCAAAUGAAGAGACAUAUUAUCAACCGAUUGUUCUAUCACAAAAUAACAAUCUCAUUAUUAAUCAGAGUAAUUGUGCCCGACCUUCUGAGAAGCAUGUGAUAUCAAAUUUGAAAUCCAAAUCCAUGGAAAAAAAUUUAACUUCUGACAAUCAAUGUACUAAUUUCGAAAUGAACAUUAGUGAUGUAUUCAUGGAUUCAGUGGACACUAAUUCAGAUCUUCAUGAUGAAGGGGUGCAAUCUCUUCCAAAAACUAUUAUCGAAGAAAAAUUAAAUGAUAAUGUAAAGAUAAGUAAUGAAAAAAAUGAUGGUUGCCAAAUCAUUAAUAAUAGUGAAACAAAUGAGGAGAGUUCCACUAAUAUAUUGUCUGAUGAAUAUGAAAUGAAUGACAUAAUUAGAAGUUUAACUAGUCAGUUCUCUGAAGAACAGUACUGUCCUGAAGCAAGUAUUCAAAAAAUGAAUAACUUGAAGACGGAAACUAAUGGUGAUAUAGUGAUGAUGGAUUCUAAUGAUAUAUUUUCUCUUAUCUUAAGCCCCUCUCAGUCUUCGCCCUCAGAGCGAUUUGGUAGAUUAUCUCUUUCUCCAAUUACUGUCACUCAACAAGCUAUGACAAAUAAUAAUUUUGAUCCCACUGAAGUGCUUCACGGUAAUUUUAAUAAUUCUAAUGAUGUACAGCAGGAUUCUUUAUUUGACAGUAUAAAUGAUGAUACAUUAAAAGAGUUGUUGUUUGGAUCAACAAAAUAAAUGAAAAAAAUCGCUAUUUAUUUUGGGUGCAUUUAAAUCUAAUUGUGUUAAAAUUAUAAUCUCUAAUUUAUUUUUAAUACUUGAAUUUUUAUUGUUCGUUAAAUAAACAUUAAUGUUUUAUAUGUCUUGUAAAAAAUGGUAUAACCAUAAACAAAAAUAUUGAAAUUGAAUAUGUUUUAUGCUUAUUUAUAAGUGCACUUUAGAAGAUUAUUUAUUAUUAUUGCUUGUUGUGUAAGUCAUUAUAAAAUACAAUGUAAUUAAUGAUUAUAUCAUUCCAGAAGAAUAAAUUUUUGCAUCUCAUAAUUUCAUGAUA